UUAGAGAAAGGAAUCCAUGAAUUCAAAUGGAAACCAGCAGGAACACAGACCGAGUAUACGCUUUUAAAUGAAAAUGAGCCAUUUCAUGUAGCUUCUCGUCACCCUUCGACGCUUUUACCGCGGAAUGUUGUUCGUUUUUAACCCGCUUUCGGUGGAGAUGGAGGUAUAAGAGAGUCGUUUUUAAGCUAAAACCGUUUUUAAGCCAAGGGGGAGGGGGGAGAGUUGCCUCUUUUUGCUCUCCCUUUCCUUUUUCUAUUUUAAUAACACAUUCCUCCUCGGUUUCUACAUGUAAUCUGUUUCCUCGCAGCCUCGUCGACGGUUGAGGCCGUUAUUUUUUUAAAUUCGAAUUCGGGCUGAACGCGGGAGGCGCGAGCGAUCGAAUGGGGCUGUUGAAUUCCAUUCCCCCACCGAUUGUUUAAAAAUAAUUCCGUUCACAUUCGACUCGAAUUCGGAGAAACGUUCUUUUUCUUUUUCCAUGGAAAGCCCGAUGAUGGGAUGUUCGAGCGCGCAGUGAAAGGAUGAGUGCUUGUUUCGUACCGAACGGGGCCAGCUUGGAGGACUGCCAUUCCAAUCUAUUCUAUCUGGCUGAUUUGACAGGGAUAAAAUGGAAGAGGUACGUUUGGCAAGGUCCGAUCUCGGCGCCCAUGCUGUUCCCGGUCACCGAGGAAGACCCCAUCCUCUGCAGCUUCAGUCGAUGUCUGAAGUCGGAUGUGCUGAGCGUGUGGAGACGGAGCCAGAGGCAGGGACGUCGGGAGCUCUGGCUCUUCUGGUGGGGCGACGAUCCCAACUUCGCUGAGCUUAUCCACCACGAACUGACAGCAGAGGAUGACGGCGUGUGGGAGAGCGGUCUGUCCUACGAAUGUCGAACUCUUCUCUUUAAGGCCAUUCACAAUCUGCUGGAGAGAUGUCUGAUGAACCGCAGUUUCGUUCGCAUCGGAAAAUGGUUCGUCAAACCCUAUGAAAAGGAUGAGAAGCCUAUAAACAAGAGAGAACACCUGUCUUGCUCCUUCACGUUCUUCCUGCAUGGAGACAGCAAUGUGUGCACCAGCGUAGAGAUCAACCAGCACCAGCCCGUGUACCACCUGAGCGAGGAUCACCUGACACUGGCCCAGCAGGCCUCCAGCCCAUUCCAAGUGAUUCUGAGUCCAUUUGGACUGAACGGAACACUGACCGGCCAGUCCUUCAAGCUUUCUGACCCUCCGACACAGAAGCUCAUUGAAGAAUGGAACCAGUUUUAUCCCAUCAGCCCAACCUCCAAGGAGAGCGCAGAGGACAAAAUGGAGGACAUCGACUGGGAGGAUGAUUCCCUGGCAGCAGUUGAAGUGCUUGUUGGUGGUGUGCGUAUGGUAUAUCCAGCAUGCCUGGUGUUAGUCCCGCAGUCAGACAUCCCCACUGUAACACAGACAGGUUCCUCGCACUGCACCGCUGUCUAUUCAAAUGGCCAUCAAGUGCCUGCUUCAAACCGUGACCCUGCCAUCUCUUCAGUGACUCUGACUCCUCCCACCUCACCUGAGGAAUCUCAGACAGUUCACUCUCACUCGGCACAGAAGUGGAUGCGGUUGCCGGUGGCGAUGGAUGGAUUCAGUGUUGACAACACCAGUCACCACGGUGGCAAGAUUCCACGAAGGAUGGCCAGUCAGGUGGUUGAAACCGUCUGGCAAGAGUGCAACAUCAACCGAGCUCAGAACAAACGGAAAUUCUCCGCCACGGCCUCCAACGGGACCAGCGAGGAGGAGACACUGAUGAAAGUGGGCGCCUGGGACUUUGUUGACUCCACACAGAGAUCAAACUGCAACUGUUCCAGGCACAAAGCACUGAAGCAGAGAGCGAGCAGCACACCUGGUCAGCCGCCCACCGCCGGUCAGACGCAACAGCCGCCCAUCAAGCACAAAGCUGGGGAGAAGCCCGAGAAGGGAGACAAGCAGCAGAAACGGCCGCAGACACCUUUCCACCACCGCAACUCAGUCUGCGAAGAUGUUACAAUGGAAACUGACGCCUCUGCGAGCCAGCGCUUGGCUCUCAGAGGUCAAGAGGGUGGACGAUUUCCUGGGCUCAGGCCUACUGAUGUGGGCACUGGCUCGAAACCACCACAGCUACACAGCGGGGCUGGAUCUACCGUAGGGAGCAGUGGCCCAACGGAGAUGGUCGGCUCUCCUCAACCGCCACCGCUUAGCCCUCACCCCUGCGAACGUGGCGAGGAACCCUCAGACACCAUUAAGAACCCCUCCACCCCACAACAUUUUUAUCCUCCCUCCACAGAGCCCUGCCUCUUGCCCCAGAAGGGCCCAGAUGAUGCACGUUUGGAACCCCUCACCCAACCUUUCCCCUCUGCAUACCCUGAGCCCCUGGAACCCACCCCGUAUAUAAGCGCAGCAGUAAAUAUGGAUGACGAUGGAAGUCAUGCCCCAUGGAGGUUCUUUAACUUGCCUCGUAGGAAAGAUGCAGAGUUUCCUACGCCGACACUACCAGGAGAUAAACUCAGAGAAGAAGCGUCACUCGGAGCUGAAGGGAUUAUGUCUGUUACUGAGUCAAUGGCAGCCUCCAAAAGGCUACUCAAGGUCUCAGAUGAACGGAUCCAGAUGUACCUGCAGCGACAGAACCAGCACCUGGCUGCAGCCAUCACAGACGGCGACCACGAGCCAGAGGUCGACCCUUAUGCCUUUGUUGACGGAGAUGUUAAGUUCACUUUCUCGGAUAAGAAGGACAAAGCUGGGUUAGAGAGAGAACCGGGAAAGAAACACAAGGGAGAAGAUGGCAAUGCUGCGCUAUCUGAUGAUGCUCAGCGGGCUGCGGCCCAUAACCGAGCUGCUUCCACCAGCCUCAUACAUGAUUCAGACCUGGCAGUCUCCAUCAAAGACCUGGACAACCUCUUCAACUCGGAUGAGGAUGAACAAACGCCUGGAGCACGGAGAGCUUUAAAUGGAGCAGAUGAGAAGUUUGGCAGCAAGGAGACAAAGCCAGCCACAUUGGACCCUGUCUCCUGUAUAAGCACAGCUGAUCUUCACCAGAUGUUCCCUACGCCUCCGUCCCUAGAGCAACACUUCAUGGGUUACUCCCCCAUGAACAUGGGCAGUAAAGAUGGUUGUAUGGAGCCUGGCUCUGGCCUCAACACUCUAGAUGGCCCCGCUGCUCUGGGUGGCCCAUUUAAAAUCGAGGUGGAGGAGAGCUUCUGCAGCCCCAAACCUUCUGAAAUCAAGGACUUCUCGUUUGUGUACAAGCCUGAAUUGUGUCAGCCAUUUGUGGGGUGUUCAAUGUUUGCCCCGCUGAAGUCAUUGCCCAGUCAGUGCCUGCCCCCUAUCAAACUGCCUGAUGAGUGUGUUUACAGGCCCAGCUGGACAGUGGGAAAACUGGAGCUACUUAAUUCUGUACCUGCUAUGACCAUUUUCAGCAAGGAUGGUGAAAACAAUGCCAUGGAGCAAGAUUAUAUCCAGACGUACACCCCUCAAACCCAUACACCAUUUUUGUCUAACAGCGCCCCACCCAGCAACAGUGGCACGAGCAUCCUCCCGUCCCCUGCCACGCCACGUUUCUCCGCUCCCACCCCUCGUACCCCACGGACACCUCGAACGCCCAGAGGCCCAGCCAGUGUGCAAGGUUCCCUCAAAUAUGAGAACUCGGAUCUGUACUCGCCGGCCUCGACGCCUUCAACCUGCAGGCCGCUCAACUCUGUAGAGCCUGCGACGGUUCCCUCCAUCCCUGAAGCCCACAGCCUAUACGUCAACCUCAUCCUGUCGGAGUCUGUCAUGAACCUGUUCAAGGACUGCAACUUCGACAGCUGCUGCAUCUGCGUAUGCAACAUGAACAUCAAAGGUGCCGAUGUGGGCAUCUACAUCAACGAUCCAAACAUGGAGGCCCAGUAUCCCUGCGGAUGCGGCUUCAGUGCUGUAGUCAAUCGGCGUUACGGUAAUGGCUCUGGCCUUUUCCUGGAAGAUGAGCUGGAUAUCAUCGGACGGGGUUCGGAUGUGAGCCAGGAGGCGGAGAAGCGCUUUGAGGCUUUACGGUGCAUGUCACUGGAGAAGACAGGGGGCGGAGGCAAGGAUCGAGUCCCGGACGAGCUUAUCUCUCUCCUGCAGGAUCAGUGCACUAAUCCCUUCUCUCCGAUCCUGGCAUUGGACCCUGAGGGACUGUCUUCCCAAGGGCCAGGGGGCACCACUGUACCACCAUGCGUGCGUGUAGAAGAGAGAGACUUCCACAAUGACUGUUACCUGGCUCUAGAACACGGGCGGCAGUUCAUGGACAACAUGUCCGGUGGGAAAGUGGACGAGGUGUUAGUGAAGAGCACGUGUUUGCAUCAUUGGGCCAAACGUAGUGCUGUGGAUGUGAGCGCACUGUGCUCUCAGGACGUGUUGAGAGUUCUCCUCUCUCUCCAACCUGUUCUUCAGGAUGCUAUCCAGAAGAAGAGGACUGUUCGCUCCUGGGGAGUUCAGGGGCCUCUCACAUGGCAGCAGUUUCACAAAAUGGCUGGAAGAGGGUCUUACGGCACUGACGAGUCUCCGGAGCCUCUGCCCAUUCCUACCUUCCUGGUUGGGUAUGAGUAUGACUUUGUGGUGCUGUCUCCCUUUGGCCUGCCGUAUUGGGAAAAGCUACUGCUGGAUCCCUUUGGCUCUCAGAGAGAUGUAGGAUAUCUGGUCCUCUGCCCGGACAGCGAUUCUCUCCUCACUGGAGCCAAGAGUUUCUUCAGAGAGUUGACAGCGGUCUAUGAGUCUUGUAAGCUGGGUCAACAUCGACCAAUCUCCAAAGUGCAUGCUGAUGGCAUUGUUAGGGUGGGUGGAGCUGCUGCCAAGAAGCUCUCAGAACAGCCGGUCAAUGAUUGGUUCCUGAAAGCAGCUAGUGGCAGCAGUGACGCGUUUGCCAAACUUAAGCUGUUUGCCCAAGUCUGCAGGCAUGACCUCGCUCCAUACCUCGCUACACAGCCAUUAGACAGCUCUCUCCUUAUUCAGCCAACGCCUGUCCCUUCUUCCACCCAAUCGUCAUCUUCGCAAUCCUCAGGCUCCGCCUCCUCCAACUCCCAAACCUCAGUGGCCUCUGGAGGCUCCGCCCUCAACAACAACAACAACAACAGUGCUGCCAGCAACAGUGGCUCAGGCCUGCCAGGCAGCACCAAUAACACUCCCUCCUCCUCCUCAGGCCCACAGGGCAGCAGCAUCCAGUCUGCCAAGCCCAGCUCGUUCCCUCCCUUUGGAAGCAUGGGAGUCCAAGGUAACAGCUCCCAGUCUGGGGCUCUGGGCCAGCAGGCUGUCACCCAGAACUCGAGCCUCUCUGGAGACAAUUCAGCCGUCAACAGCCAGACUCAGGGGCCAUCUGAACCACCAGAGAGCACUAUGGAGAGAGAAAAGGUUGGAGUUCCUACAGACGGGGAUUCUCAUGCCAUCACGUACCCACCUGCAAUCAUGAUCUAUAUCGUGGACCCCUUCUCAUAUGAGGAGGCAGAGCCAGGAACGUCACAAUCAAGCAAGUGGACACUGGGACUCCUCCGCUGCUACCUGGAGAUGCUGCAGGCCCUUCCAGCUCAUAUCCGCAACUCUGUCUUUGUACAGAUCGUCCCCUGUCAGUACCUGCUCCAGCCUGUGAGGAGUGAAGAGAGGCACCUUUACGCCCAGCACCUCAAGUCUCUGGCCUUCUCCGUCUUCACCCAGUGCAGAAGACCCCUCCCAACCUCCACCAAUGUGAAGUCAUUGACAGGUUUCGGCCCAGGCCUUGCCCUCGACACCUCGCUCAGGAACCCAGAUAGACCAGAGUGUCUGCGAUUGUACACGCCACCCUUCAUCCUGGCCCCGACGAAAGACAAGCAAACGGAGCUGGGCGAGACUUUCGGAGAGGCGUCUCAGAAGUAUAACGUCCUGUUUGUUGGCUACUGCCUGUCACAUGAUCAAAGAUGGCUCUUGGCCACUUGCACGGACCUGUACGGGGAGCUGCUGGAAACCUGUAUCAUCAGCGUAGAUGUACCCAACAGAGCAAGAAGGAAAAAGGGAUCUGCACGGAAGAUGGGUCUGCAGAAGCUUUGGGAUUGGUGUUUGGGUUUGGUUCAAAUGACAUCGUUGCCAUGGAGAGUUGUGAUUGGCCGGCUUGGACGGAUAGGGCAUGGAGAGUUGCGAGACUGGAGUAUUUUACUGAGCAGACGGAAUCUGCAGUCGGUGUCUCGGAGGCUGAAGGAGAACUGUAAGCUGUGCGGGAUCUCAGCAUCUGACACUCCCAGCAUUCUUAGCGCCUGCCUGGUUGCCAUGGAACCCCAGGGCUCAUUUGUCAUCAUGCCAGACUCCGUAUCAACAGGCUCGGUAUUUGGUCGUAGUACAACUCUAAACAUGCAGACGUCUCAGCUGAGCACGCCGCAGGACACGUCUUGCACACACAUCCUGGUGUUCCCCACCUCUGCCUUUGUGCAAGUCAACAGCUCCAACUACACACACGAGAACAUUGACAUUGCCUUCAAUCCUGGCAAUGAUGGAUCAGAUCCAAUGGGAGGAAUCUUUGACCUACUGGAGCAGGAGAAUGACCUGGUUGAUCCAGAUAUCAUAAACAUCCUCCCUGCCUCACCCACCACAUCACCAGUCCACUCACCCGGAUCCCAGUACCCACAUGGAGGAGACGGGAGCAAGGGUCAAAGUACAGACCGCAUGGAGUCUCACGAAGAAGCUCCCAAUAUCCUCCAGCAGCCAUUAGCUCUGGGCUAUUUUGUGUCCACAGCAAAAGCAGGUCCACUGCCUGACUGGUUCUGGUCUGCGUGUCCUCAGGCACAGAACCAGUGUCCCCUUUUCUUAAAGGCCUCUCUACACCUCCAUGUGUCUUCAGUGCAAUCGGAUGAACUUUUGCACAGCAAACACUCUCACCCUCUGGACUCCAAUCAGACCUCUGAUGUUCUCAGAUUUGUGUUGGAGCAGUACAAUGCCCUUUCCUGGCUGACCUGUGACCCUGCGACCCAGGACCGCCGCUCUUGCCUGCCCAUCCAUUUUGUGGUGCUCAAUCAAAUGUACAACUUCAUCAUGACCAUGUUGUAACACUCACCGAGCAGUACUGAGAGCAGGACCUUAUCAGGGAACAGAAACGAGGAGAGUGAAGAAGAAAAGGCGGAUCUAAAAACAAUCCAACAGGAAACUACAGUGCUGGACUUUAUAAGUGCGCAAGUUACGAUCUGGGUAGGCAGUCACUACACCUCAGACCCAGCACUGUGGAGGAGGAUCAGGCGUCUGGUGUUCAUAACACUCACUCGAAGACAACGAGAGGCCUUGAAGGAGGAUGCAGAGGCCAAAGAAGGAAGAUGGAAGUGCUGACUGCUGGUGUUCGACAUCCCUGGUUCCACGGAUGCUCCGAGCGAUGGUAGCGCGUGGUUCCUCGGUUAGCACGGAUUCGGCCAGUUCUUUAAUCAACGUGUAUGGAGGAGUUAUCUGUAUAGAAUCUGAUGGAAAGGGACUUUUGAUGCUCUUUGAAAUGAGAAUGAAUUCUUGGUUUUAAGACCUCUAAUUCCCUGUUUCUUUUGGAUGAGAUUAUAUCCAAAUGAAAUGCCUGCAUCUGUCUUAUUUAUUGUAAGUUUUUAAAUGUAUAAUUUGUCUGAUUUCUUAACCUCUUUUAUAUAUAAAAGUUCUAGAAGGUUUGUAUCGCCUUCCUGCUUUAAAGCAAUUGGUCAAAAAUAUAUGUAAUCGUCUUAAUUACAAAAACGAACCAUCAAACGGAAAAAACCCACUAAAAAGAUGAAUAAAACAAAGUUGCGGUAGGUUGCUUUUAGAGUAUUAUUUUUUGUAAGGGAGACACAGAUUAUUUGUAUUGUCACGAUGUACAGAGGAGACUGGAUUGGGGGUUUCAGUCCGCGCCUUUGCGCGUGGACAAAAUUACAGCUAAGCUUUAGCUGCACGGGACUUGUACAGCAAUGAAGUUCACUGUGUUUAAAAAUAAAGAGGUACAUUGUCGUAUAUUGUAUUUUAUACCACACAUUUAGACACAAAAACGAAAAACUGCAAUAUAUAAAUAAUUAUAUAUGAAUGCCGCACCAGCAUUGGGUGGCACUGCUUCUGUUUUAGGAAUAAAAAGAGUCAACUUCA